GCUGGUGACACUCCUAGUGACCUGGCACAACGGGAGGUCAUCACCGGUACUCGACAUUCUUCACCGUCACCAGCCACAGGUUCAGAAGUCACCACAGCAGCUGUACGAGCAGCUGCUGAGUGUCAUCAGCCAGGGUGAUGACGUCAGGUGGGCUCGUAAUCUGCUGUGUUCAGGGGCGCCCCUGGAGCCUGUGGGCGACUGGUCCGUGCACCCCCUCUCCCUGGCCACCACCAGUAACCGGACCAGGAUCGUCAGCCUCCUAGUGGCAGCUGGGGCGCCGCUCACCAUCACCACCCAAGGCCUUAACCUGCUGACGGUGGCCUGGUGCUCUCCUGACGUUACUCCUCGUGUUCAGGUCACUAUCACAGGGGUGUUCCUUCGUGUGCUACAGAGAGAAAGAACAAUCUUACGUAGCCUGCCACACCUUAGGACAGGUGUUGAUCACCUCAUAAAGAGUAUGGAAGGUGACACACCCUGGCGAGCCAGCUGGCCCCGUGUUGAGUCAGUGGUCGACCUGACUCACCUUAUGGUCCAGGCCGCCCGUGUCAACUGUACCUUGACAUGCAGCUUCCUCUACCAAGCUGGUGCUCAGUCCUCCCUAUGUAGCCAGUCUAAGGUGACUCCUGUGCACGCUGCUCUGGACGCUGAGCACUGGAACCUGGCGGGUCAGAUGAUCAAGUACAUGGGAGGCUGCCUGUAUGUGCCUGACUCCAGAGGUCGACUGCCCACACACUUGAUGCCUCCAGACCGCCACUGCCAGCUAAACGAGAAAAUAUACGAGGCGGAGAGGAAGCAGCUGGAGGACAUAAAGGAGAAGAAGAAAGACCCUAUCGAGGAACAACGGCUGCAGGAGGUUCUUGGCGUCCAGCAACUUCUCUUCACCACCAACUUGGCGAGGGAUCGAGUGAGACAGAAGAGAGCCAGAGCUAGAGCUAGAGCCAGAAGAUCUCAAGUGUCGUCUGUAGGAGCCGACGCCCUCCUGGUGGCCUCACAACGUGGGCUGCAGCAGCUGAUCUACCUCCUGGUGAAGAAGGGAGGUGUGCCAGUGGAUACAGUGCUGGAUCCUACUAACGACACCACCGCCCUCCACCAGGCUGCCUCUCAUGGCAAGUCUGACUGCGUCAUUCUCCUCCUGAGUCUUGGCGCUCAACAUUUACUAUCUGACCGAUAUGGCCAAACACCACUACACUUGGCAGCAAUGUUCGGUCAUGAUCAAACUUAUCAGCUUUUAGAAGGAUUUAUGAGGCAGCAAGAACCUUCAUGUAGGGCUGGAACUACCCCACAAGAGGUCAGUAGACAUUUCUACUCGUACCUGAAGAUGUACCACAAAUGUUCAGGUACAACAAGACAAGGUAGUGAUGUACAAAUAUGGAAUAACCCAACGGAUGCAACAACUGAUGUUCUCAGUCGUAUUGACUUGAACAAGAUGAUGGAAGAAACAGAGAGAAUUGCUGUUGAUUAUUCUAAAGGUGAGGCACAAGAGGUACGAGAGGUGGUGAUGAAGGAACUGCAGGAGAUCACAGAAAAUGUUUCCUCUAAGGACAGAACUUAUCGAGGCACUCUGGAACUGCUCGGGAGCACCGCAGAUGGCACAAGACUCUAUUGUCCCGAUGAAUAUGACUUCAAUAUUCUUCUGGAUGAUUGUUCAGGAGUGAAUGUUUUAGUUAGUGAGCAAAACAAACAAGAAGCCUCACUCAGCGGACAUAAGUUGAGAGUUGAAGUCAAAACAAUGAAAACUGGUCUCCAGGAAAAUGUUUUUCAAAAAAAUCUUUGCAUUAGAGUCAGGCAGUGUCUCAGUACCUACACUCUCGGAGACAUGAGGGUGAGCAUCGUGCCACCUGGCCUGACAAGGACGCAGGUGGGCGUGUCACUGUCACUGGCUUGGCAGGGAAAUCAGUAUCCCCUAUUGCUGAUUGGCAUUGACUUAGUGCCAAUAGUAGUUAUACCUUGGCCUGAAGAGAUACCCAGACCUUUUCUCACACCUGCCAACUCACAAAUGAUGCACCUCAGCAACACCGCAGACAAAUCAUGGAGGUGUAGCUUCGCUGCCUCCGAGGUGAAGGUGCUGAAGCACUUGGAUCACCAGGAACGGCAAGUGUUUCUCACCGGCAAGGCUCUCCUCUCCUGCAUGAAGGCUGAACCCUGGAUGCCCAAAGACUUGAAGAAGCAGUUUUGUUGGUGGGACACCCGCUAUUGGAAGAUCCCGACACCUGAAGGAUUCUGCUUCAAAAAUUCCUUCUUGAGACAACUGGAAAAGAAACGAGUGGAGGGAGUCGAGUGGCAAGAAGAGGACGUAAUGCAACAUGUAAUAUCUGUGUUCAGAGGAAUGUGUGAGGAGAUGGUUGAUCCACAAACUAGUGAUGAGCGUCUUGUGCCAGCUAAAGUUCAUGCUUACUUCGGUGGAGAUUGUGAGAGGCCGAAGGUGGGUCAUGGAGCUCCAGAAAUUAUCAAAUAUAUCAAGAACAUCUGAAGAAAGUUCAGAAGCCCCAAGUGGGAUACGUGGGACUGAGGCGGGGCUUUCUGAACCAGUGAAUCAUCAUUAGUGGCGACCUGGCUGACACUAAUGACUUUGAUUUAACCACGUUUAGGUUAUUCCAGUAAUGUAAUCAUAUAUAUUGGUUGUGAAGACGAAUCAAAUAAUAAAUAACAGUCUUUACAUGUCCAGGAAAUGAUACACUGAA